CUGUUUCUCGCAAUGCAGCAACCUAAAAGUUUUCCCUUUGACAUCCGAGAUGUCGAAGAACAACAGAAUGAGGAAUUGUGUAAAUAUUUCUCAGGUGUAAAUGGAAAAUGUAAUAUUCAAGUAGGACCCAAGAAAUACUUGCUCUUAAGUGAUUAUAAGAAUGAAGCUGAAAGUAUUUAUAACAUGCCGCUCAGACCUGAUGAUGUCUUUAUCAUCACCUAUCCACGAUCAGGAACAACAUGGACACAAGCAAUAGUGUGGCUGUUGGCGUAUGAUUUAGACUUCUCCACCGCAAAUCAGAUUCCGCUCGAAGAGAGAUCUGUGUUCUUAGAAUUUCCAAUGCUCAUGCACAAGGGCCUUUUAGAUAAGUUGAAAAAAGUACACGCCGGUAAAGAAGAGAAAUUGAAGGCUCUAGAUCUUCUAAGCGUUCCUGGAACGGUACAAGUAGCGGCAAUGCCUUCGCCGAGGAUCAUUAAGACCCACUUGCCGAUGUCACUCCUGCCCCCGAGUUUGCCUGACAGCUGUAAGGUGGUGUACGUGGCACGGGACCCUCGGGACGUUGCCGUUUCUUUCUAUCAUCUCACCAGCGAAACUGAGUCGCUCAAAUUUAACGGCGACUUUAAAACUUUUUGGAGUUUAUUUGUCAAGGAUUUGGUAUACUGGUCACCUUUCUUCGAUCACUUAAAAGAGGCCUGGGAGAUGCGUCAUCAUCCCAAUAUGAUGUUUUUGUUUUAUGAAGAACUAUCACAGAAUCUCUCUGCGACCGUAAAACGUAUCGCCGAUUUCUUGGGCAAAGAGUACACGGCUGAACAAUUAGAUGACCUUUGUACUGGUAUAAAAUUUGACAACUUCAAGAAGAAUCCAUCUGUUAACGUCGUUAACAUGAAAGAGUUAGGAAUUAUAGCACCAAAAGGAGAUUUUAUUAGAAAAGGCAAGUCCGGAGGCUGGCGUGACUACUUCGAUGCAGACAUGAGCCGAGAGGCAGAGGACUGGAUUGCCAAGAACUUGCAGCACACCGACUUGAGAUUUCCAACUGUCAACACAACAAUCAUUCCAAUCAUCAUUUUUUUUUUGAUAAAAAAAAUGGCUGGAUUAAACAAGGCCUUUCCUUUUGAAGCUGUCGAAGUUGAUCCCGAACAAUUUGAACAAAUAAAUAACUACUAUGACGAUACAUUCAUGAGUCUGUACACAACGCGCUAUGGACCAAAAGGCUACCUGUAUACUAAAAAUUUCGAGAGCCUUGGCGCAGAAAUUUACAAUAUGGAGUUAAGACCUUCCGAUACUUUCGUAGUUACUUUUCCUAAAUGCGGUACAACAUGGACUCAGGAAUUGGUUUGGCUAAUAGCAAACGACUUUAAUUACGAAGCAGCCGCCGAAACCAAUUUGAACACUCGGUUCCCCUUUAUAGAGUCGUCAUUGUUAAUGAAGAACGAUGCGGUGCCGCCUAUUUUCAUGGACGAGAAGAUAAAAGAAACUAUGGAUAAAAAUAUUUUUAAAUUAGAGAAAGUUCACAACAUGCCGUCGCCGAGGUUCCUCAAGUCCCACCUGCCGAUGUCAAUGUUGCCGGCCAGUCUGAUAGACACCUGCAAGGUGGUGUACGUGGCGCGAGACCCGAGAGAUGUCGCUGUCUCCUUCUAUCACCACAGUGAACUGAUGAAAAUGUCGAAGGAAGGCAGCGAUUUCAAGACCUAUUGGAAUUUAUUUAUCAAGGAUUUGAUUUCUUGUACACCAUUCUUCGAACAUCUUAAGGAGGCGUGGGAAUUACGGAAUCACCCAAAUAUGUUGUUUUUAUUUUAUGAAGAACUAUCUAAGGAUCUAGCAGCGUGUGCGCGUCGUAUCGCCAAGUUUCUAGAUAAAGAGGUCACGGAGGAGCAAAUAGAAAAGCUCUGUGAUCAUCUUAAGAUCGACAACUUUAAGAAGAACAAAUCUGUUAAUUUAAAAGAAAUGCAGCAAAUAGGAGUAUUCAGUACAAAAGGAAGCUUCAUAAGGGAAGGCAAAGUUGGUGGCUGGAGGAAAUACUUCGACGAGGAGAUGACACAACAAGCAGAACAAUGGAUAGAUGAGAAUUUGCGCGACACAGACUUAAAAUUCCCACAGUAAAACUAUGAAAA